AAAAAUAUGGCCAUCCAUGUAUAUAAAUACAUAGAAGAAAUAAAUUCAGUUUGUUACGAGGUUAGCCGCCACAAUGUUCAGUUCGCGGCCAUCUGGAAGAUUCGUUUGUACUUUUGUAUGUAGUUUGGAUUACACGAAGAACGGUUUGCUGCUGAUGAGGAGGAGGACUGAGGAUGGUGAGGAGCCGGUGAAGGAUAAGGUCGUGUGUUGGAGGGAGGCGGGAGAAUUUAUCAUUUCUUUUCUUGCCGCCACGGGUGUACCUCAAGAGGGGUACCACUGUAGGAGACACGCGCGCCCCUCGUUAUCGAAAACUGCUUAAGGUGAAGACCGAUUCCUGACGGUACUUCAAAUCAAUCUCUAUACGCCCUACCUUACCACAACCACUCACCUCACCCCCCACCACACACUCCUAAACUUGAGUUACCUCCCAAACCCCUAUGCCACUCUUUCGCCUCCUGUCACUCACCAGACCUUUUUGAUUCCCCCCUCACACACACAGAGGACACACACCCAUCCGAGGUGGCCUGUAAAGCUAGCCACUCGUUAGAUUACCCCCUAUUGACUUUGCUCACAAAUUAUAUCCUCCCUGCUUUUGCUUUCCCACUCAGCGCCCAGGCAGGUGCAGGGACAGCCGGGCACAGGUUACCACACUCUUUCUUGGCCCACUUUCGAUAACCGGCUGUUUGUUUCGGGACCAAAUUCGGGUGGACUCGCAUUCUUCCGAAUUUAUUGGGGGUGCAUGUUAGUGUGUGAGAGAGAGAGAAGGGGGUUUGGCGGGGUGCGGACUGGGUCGGCCUCUGACCGCUUUCAGCAAGUCGACAGUCGGGAGAGAGACAUCGGAAGGGCGAGCACUCCACGAGGGCGCGAGUGUCGACAGGACAUUGUUGUGGUUCUUUUCACCUGAAGUGAACCUUUUGGCUCCAACGACGCACCCUUCACUGCCGAGACGACUAUACCACACGAUCGGGAGAGGAGUGUGAAACAGGUCUUCCGGCCAUUGUCCAGUUUCUUGCCAAAGGUUUAAACGUUGUCUCCCUUCUCUCGCCAGUGUGCGGUGUGUUUGUCCGAUUCGCAGGAGGAACAUAUCACAAAAGAUUGGGAAGGACAUUGCCUCAAAGAAUGUGAUAUUAUCCGGUCUCUGGGAAUAGUAAUCAUCAAGGUGAUCGAUCUUAGUUUUAAAAUGUCGCUGUCUCCGGCUACAACUUAAGAAAGCUGGGCCAAUCUUUGAGAACAGAAUCAUCGUGGUCCAGUGGAUCCGGCGAAAAUUCCCAGUGGGCAAAGGGAUCCCAUCCUCAACCACCGCCCCUUCACGGGAGAAACCACAGCUUGACUCUAAGCCUGAAAGGAUAUGCAAAAAUAAGGACCAGACUGUGUGAUAACAGCUAGGACUGUAUGAUAAUGCGUUCUGUGCUGGCAUAAUUGUUGGUAUAAUUUUCAGGACAGACAUCGCUGUUCAUUGAUAUGUCCUGUACUGUGACACUCUCGGGGAAAGUUCUAUUUGUCCGCGACCCUAACGUUGGCUUUUAUGAGGCGUGACACAUAACGCCUUUACCAGUGAGUCGUGAAACCGUUAGGACUGCUUCUAGGAUCUGAAUUUUUUUUUCCUUAAUUCAUGACAGUUUUAUUUAAAACUAGAAAUCGGAAAAUUGAGUGCCGCCACACAUGGGGGUAAUUUAGUCUAUGAGAAAGGGGGAAAAAAAGUGCACACCCCCUGUCGAGACUCACGGCAGGACAAAGCGACGGUGUCAACAACUAUCGCAAAUAUGUGUAUUGUGGUGGCAAGGGGACAGACGAAGCACCAGCGGCACCUCGCACUGCGAACAAAAGUCAGGGUGUUUGAUCGGCAGGCGGGUUCCAGCCAGACCAGGUAACGUGCCCUACCUUGAGUGAAACCUCGUUGGUGAAAAGGGAAUGGACAUGCGAAGUGCCAACUGCCUGUGGAGGGGGAGGACCUAACGUUCAAAACAUUCUACCAACAACACACUGUUUUUUUUUUUCUUGAUGUGACACGUUUGCUGGAGUAUUAGACGGAGAAGUUAGCAGGAGUGGAAGGGGGAGACGCCCCUCCUGAAGGUUAGAGAGCCCACAGUCGUUAUGCUGGACUGGAACCUCGACACGCUUCUGCACGUUGGACGAGGAGGGUUGCUGGAGGUCAAGCGGAGGUACUGGACAGACACAACGCUUGCUGACCAGAUUUUGUAUGGAGCUGCCAUGUCGCCGCCAUGCUUGCAGGAGUCCUCGGCAGCUUCCAGUCCUCACAUCUCCGCGGAUCAGACGGCCAACUUCUUGUCUUGCGAGCUGCGCAAAAGGAACGGCUUCCAAACGACUCUGCCAAUGUGCUGUCUGAGCUAUAUUCACCCCUACAAUCCUCCUUUUGCCGCCACUACCGCAGGGGGAUUUGCUCCGGGUAUCGGGACACCCAGCUCCUUGCCGCUACCUCUUCCUCUGCCCUCACCCGCCAUGCUACCCGAGGCCAUGCUCGUGCGACCGACGAUGUUGUCACAGUCGUUUACGGUUCCUCCACCUCCUCUGACUGACAGUGGGAUAAAGGACCGCGUGACGCCGGCCAGCACGAGUGAUGACUACAGCGAGAUGUACGAGUGCCGGUGGGCCCGCUGCGAGGGCCGAUUCCAGGGCCUGGAGGAGCUGGUGGCCCACGUCAACGAGCGCCACGUCAAGAUCGAACGACCGGACGUCGACUACCAGUGCCGCUGGGAAGGCUGCCCGCGACGAGGACGAGGCUUCAACGCUCGGUACAAAAUGCUGAUCCACAUACGCACUCACACGAACGAGAAACCACACAGGUGCCUUAUCUGCAACAAGUCCUUUUCUCGACUGGAAAAUCUCAAGAUACAUAAUCGCUCACACACAGGUGAAAAGCCUUACAUAUGUCCGUUCGAGGGUUGCAACAAAGCCUAUUCCAAUUCAAGUGAUCGCUUCAAACAUGUGCGUACUCAUCAAGAACAGAAACCAUACAUUUGCAAAAUGCCGGGCUGUCACAAGAGAUACACAGAUCCCAGCUCACUGCGCAAGCACGUACGUACUCAUGGACACUUUUACCGCUCAGGAGAGAGAUUGCCGAGGUCGCCAACGCCUUCUUCAUCCUCCGCAUCAUCAUCUUCCGGGCCACUUGCUUCUGUACCCGGCGGUCAGCAAGUAGAGGCUUCGCCCAAGAUCUCCAUGCCUAUGAUUCUCUCCCCUGCUCAGUCGCCGAGUCGCCUGACCGUCUCCCCGCCAGUGUUGACAAGGGACAUACAUCUAAUGAAUCCUGCUUCAGUCCCUCACCCCCUGCUUUCACUGAACAGCUCAGGCUUGUAUCCCCCACCAAGCAGUUAUCGCUCUCAUUUUUCUUUUCCCUAUGGAUUGCUUCCGUCCUACUCUUCCCACUUUGGACCGCCCGUGGCGGAUUCCUUGCCAGUUGUUGUCAAGCCUAUACCCAUCUCUCUCACCAAGUUGGAUGGCAAGAAUGGAUUAGUUCCGUUAUUGAGCAAUAGUGGUAAUCUCCAGUCCCAGGACAGACCUCUUGACUUGUCGAGAGCACAUUUUCCUGCCUCUCCCAGCCCCUCUAUGUCAGCCGCAAAGUAUGCUUUUUCAGGGUUCAUCCACAGAGCUGGAGCAAAAUGACAUUUAGUACAUGUACAUGUAUUGGGACAAUUGCUAUACUGUGAUAUGGUAUUACUGGUAAGAGAUUUUGCUAGUAACAAAUUAAGCUUACUAUCACCGACUGACUGUUAAGCCAGGUCCAGGUCCAUACUUUUAAUCCCUUUACUUUUCAAUACAAAAUUUCCAGUUUUCAGGAUACCAGUAAAACUUAACACAUACUUUAUGUAAUAUUAAUAUGUACACAUUUACUUCAAAAUUAGAUACAUAAAAAUUUUGCCAUAUUUCACUACUUAAGGACUUUAGUCUUUCACCUCCACCAAAGUAUAACAGUUCUCUAAAACUUUCUGGUCAUAAGAGAGUAAGGAGAUAAAAACUUAAUUUCAUGCGCAAACUCUAAAGCCUACCGUGAUGUAGAAAAAGGUACUAAUAUAGUUUCAACCACCAGCCAGAUGUCUGAUAAUGGUUAACAGUUGCAUGCUGUGUCAACUUGCACUGGUGUAUAGCAUCAUUGGUUUUACCAAAGAUCAGUUGGUGAUAUUUUUCUUUCUAGCAAUAUUCUGAAUAAUUUAUCAUUUCUCUGAAAAACACACAAGCCCUAGUCAGACCUUAUUCCAGGUAUGUGUAAAAACUAAGAACGAGACUAACAUUUUGGGGUAUUUUUAAUCUAUGCAUCAAUGCAUAUGAAAUGCCUUUUAUUAGCAGUACUAACUUCACAGUUUUUGUUAUCUUUGGCACUAAAAAUUCCUGUCCUUAAAGUCAGCAAAAUAAUAUUUUCUCAAGUUUAUUACAGCAUUUUUUUUUAAGAAACAGGUUCUUGAGUGUAGCAUACUAAUCUGGAAUCUAAAUGACAGAAAUACUUGAAUUGUGAAUAGAAUGAUACAAAUUUCUCUUCCCACUCAUCUGGUCUCUUAGUAUGUAGCAAUGAACAUUUUUGUACUAAUUAUGUUUGUUAUUGAUGGACUUAAAUAUUUAGGUACGAUGUUUUUCAUAAGUGAAAAAAGAAAUAUCGCCAACAGCAUAACUGUGAUGCCUCACAUUCCUUAUAUUGAUUCACAGAUUUGUGAACCAUUAGCCUCCAAUAAAAAAAAAAAAAAAAAAAAAAACAUCAAA